UAGCAACAUAAAACGGUUUCACUUGUCAUUAAAGGGUUUUGUUAACGUGUUAAUGUAGUGUAAGAAUAAUGGAAAUUAUAGUAAUAUGGCACCAAAUUUAACAGACAUGAUGCUUUCAAACUCAGCGGAUCCCGUUCAAAUUAUUAGCAAACCAGUAGAAUACCGAGUAAGACCUGUGGACCCACCUAAACCUAAAAUAAUAUAUAAUAAACCUAGCCAGCCUCAGUAUGAAUGGCAAAUAGUCUGGAGAAAUGUUAUUGCAUUCAUUUAUUUGCAUUCAUUUGCCAUUUAUGGGUUAUACUUGUUGUUUGCAGCGUGUAAAACUAAAACAAUAUAUUGGGUUUUAGCUGUAUUAUUUCUCGCUGGACAGGGAAUUACUUCCGGAGCACAUAGAUUAUGGGCUCACAGAGCUUAUAAAGCCCGUCUACCUUUACGAAUAUUUCUUUGUUUUCUGCAAACCAUGGCUUUUCAAAAUCACUUAUACGAAUGGGUUAGAGACCACAGGGUGCAUCACAAGUUUACAGACUCAGACGCUGAUCCACAUAACGCCAAAAGAGGAUUCUUUUUCUCCCACAUGGGCUGGUUAAUGUUAAAAAAACAUAAGGAUGUUUCUACAAAAGGAAAAACUGUCGACUUAAGCGAUUUAGAGGCAGACCCAGUCGUUAUGUUUCAAAAAAAGUAUUACCUAAUUUUGAUGCCCAUUGCCUGUUUUGUGAUACCAGCAGCCGUACCAUGGUAUUUCUGGGGUGAAACAUGGUGGAAUUCAUGGCACACUGCAGGCAUUUUACGUUAUACAGUUUCAUUAAAUGGAACAUGGUUGGUAAACAGUGCCGCUCACAUUUGGGGGAUGAAACCUUAUGAUAAGAACAUAAAACCAACUGAAAACUACUUUGUAGCAUUUAUGGCUUUUGGAGAGGGUUGGCACAAUUAUCAUCACGUUUUUCCUUGGGAUUAUAAAGCGGCAGAACUAGGAAAUUACAGACUUAACUGGUCUACAUGUUUUAUAGAUCUUAUGGCUAAAAUUGGAUGGGCUUACGACUUAAAAACUGCUUCCCUUGAUAUAAUAAAAAAAAGGAUUAGGAGGACUGGAGAUGGGACAAUUAAAGUUAAUGAAGAUAUUGAUACGCAUGGUCAUGAGCAUGAGGAUAUUAUAUGGGGAUGGGGGGAUAAAGAUAUGACGGAGGAAGAUAAGGAGGAUGUAAGGGUUUUUAAUAAGUUAAAUAAUAAAUAAAAAUAACAUUUUAAAUUCCGGUUAAAUUAUUUUUGAUUAGCUUUCAACAUAAGUUCCUUCAUAAUAUUUAUAUUUAUUAAAUACGUUAGAG